AUAUUAUCUGCUACCUACCAGUAGAGUCAAAGCAACCAUUUUCGUCUCCAACUCUCUCUCUCUCUACGGUUUCUGUUGACUGAUCAAUGGAUCGAGCUCAGCUUGUUCUGUUAGGGCUUCCGCUCUUCCUCUUCUGCACCGACCUCCUAAACCUCUUCACCCCGCCCCCUCCUCCGCCCCACAAGCCUCCCCACCACCACGACCACCAUCCCCACCUCCAACACCAACACCAACACCAACACCAACCUCCUCCAGUCGCCAAAGAAACCCUAGAGUUUCCCCCACAGAAACCAAGCGCUUUCGGGGCAAUCGGCGUCGGCAGCACGGUCAAGAUUAGCUUCUGCACUUCUUGCUCGUACAAGGGGAAUGCGGUAACAAUGACGAAGAUGUUGGAGGCUGCGUUUCCUGGAAUCCAUGUUGAACUUUCGAACUAUCCCCCGCCCCUUCCAAAGCGUGUGGUCAGCAAGCUGGUCCCGGUUGCUCAAGUUGGAGUUUUUGGGAUUAUAAUGGCGGGCGAGCAGAUUUUUCCUAUGUUGGGGGUUGCGACACCUCCUGCUUGGUAUUAUUCUCUGCGUGCAAAUAGAUUUGGUACCAUUGCAUCCACUUGGCUUCUAGGCAAUGCAUUGCAGUCCUUCCUCCAGGGCACUGGUGCUUUUGAAGUUUACCUCAACGAUGAAUUGGUUUUCUCAAAGCUGAAGGAGGGAAGAUUUCCGGGAGAGAUUGAACUAAGAGAUGCCAUUGCGAGUAAGUUGGGUAGUUCAAGAAUCACAGACUCGGCUUUAUCGUCCUAGUCUAGUAGCUGGGUUUGUAAAGUCCAAAUUGCGGUUGGAGUUUGAAGCUCGCAUACGUGCUUAGUAGGUUCAAAGGCUUCGAGCUAGGAGUUGUAAUGAAUUGUUUCCCAUCACUGUUAUACAAAGUUAUGAACGAUAACCUGGGCCUGCUUGCGUCCUGAGAUGAUCAUUGAUUCGGUUUAAAAUCGAUUUCAACUCAUUUAAGCCUGUUAAUAUAGUUUCAUUCGGAAUA